AUGAUUAUCAAUUGUGAUUCAAAUAUUUAUUUAAAAUCAUUAUUUAAUUCAAUUGAUUCAAUUGAUGAAAAAUUCCAAAAAAUUACCAAAAUUGUUAAACCAAUUGAUGAUUUGGAUAAUUUAUAUGAUGUUAUUCAAUUAAGAGUUCAAAUUACGGAAAAAGCAUCAAAGAAUGUUUCAAAUUUACCUCAAUCUAUUAAAAAUUGGAUUAGAUUUGUAUUAAAGGAUAAAUUUCAUAAUGGUUGUAUUACAAUAUAUAAGAAAAAAACAAUUCCAAUGAUUGAUAUUAUUAAAUAUUUAAACCAAGAACAACAAUCAUAUGGUUCAUUUUUUGAAAGGAGACGUACUAAUAGAUUGAAAACUGAAAAAAAAUUGUUAUCCAAGAUUAAUGAAUAUCCAAGUUUUAUUAUAAUCAAUCAAUCAGGUUUAAAUAUUGAAACUGAUCCACAAACUAAAAAAUGGUUUGUAAGUCAAUUGACCAAAUUAUCAUCAUGGAUUGAUAUUAAUUUUAAAAAUACAAAUCCUUGGGAAUUAACUAAAUUAAUACCUCAAUUUCAUGAUCAUGUUACAAAUGAUGUUUUAAUUUUCACUAAAGGUUAUAAUGAUGAUGAACCUGUUUUAAGAAAUGAAUUAUUUCAAAAUGAAGAAUUAUCCUUUUCAAGAAGGAUGCAAAGAUUUGAUUAUCAGUUGUGUAAAUAUAUUACAGAAGAGGAAGAUGAUACAGAAGAAGGAGAAGGAAAUUUAAAAGAUGAUUCAGACAUGUCAAGUGAUGAAGAUCUAAUAUAUGGAAGACAUAGAUUGAUGAAUUCCUUGCGAUUCAUGUCGAAACAUAUGAAAAUGUACGAGAAAAGAUCCUAA